AAUAAGCGCGCAUGAGUAAAGGUUCUUUUGACUAUUCGAUGUUUGUAGGAUAGAACUCGUUUAUGUACAUAUGCAUAUACUCGUUCGUGAAUCGGAUGAUCUGUGAUUUUUCUUAUGUGUUGUUACCAUGGCUAAAACAUCAUAUAAAUUAAGUAGUGUACUUUUUGGGCAUACAUCGGAUGUGAGAGCAAUAGCAACUUUCGCAGAUGGGUCCAUUGUUUCUACGUCCCGAGACAAAACUGCUCGCGUAUGGAAACCAAGCGGAAAUGGAAAGGAUUAUGUUGAGACAGCAGUAUUGAAAGGACACACCAAUUUUGUCAGUUCUGUCUGUGUCAUAAAUCCAUCCGAGCAAAAUCCUAAAGGUUUAAUUAUAACUGGAAGCAAUGACAACACUAUAUGUGUUUAUGAACAAGAUCAGAUAGAACCAUUCCAUAUUAUAAAAUCACAUGAGAAUACAGUAUCUAAUUUAAGUACUGGAAAAGUAGAAAAUACCUUUCUAUCAAGUUCUUGGGAUAUGACAGCCAAAUUAUGGAAUACUAAGGAUUUGACAAAUCCUUUGGUAACUUUAACAGGUCAUACCGCAGCAGUGUGGUGUGUUACAGACUUAGUGGACGGUAACAUAGUAACUGGAUCUGCUGAUAAAUUGAUAAUAGUAUGGCAAAAGGAUGGAUCUAUCAAAUUUAAAUUAUCUGGUCAUAGUGAUUGUGUUCGUGGCAUUGUACCUAUAAAAGACAGUGAAUUCUUAUCAUGUUCUAAUGAUAGUACAGUACGACAUUGGAAUAGUACUUCUGGAAUUUGUUUAGGAAAUUAUAGUGGGCAUGAAAAUUAUAUUUAUAGUAUAACAGCUUUAACAAAUGGUUCUUACGUUUUUACUUCUGGCGAAGAUCGUACUAUCAGAGUAUGGUUAAAUGGUGAAAUAGAUCAGGUUAUUACUUUACCUACACAAUCAGUAUGGUGUAUAGAUUUAUUACCAAAUGGUGAUAUAGUUUCUGGUAGUUCCGAUAGUGUUGUUAGAAUAUUUUCAUCAGUUCCGGAAAGAUAUGCAUCAAUAGAAACAUUACAACAGUUUGAUGAAGAAGUUGCUAAAACAACGAUUAAUAGUGAACAAGAAUUAGGUGGUUUAAAAAUAAAAGAUUUACCUGAUGCUAAAGCAUUAGAACAACCUGGUCAAAAAGAAGGACAAACCAAAAUGAUAGCUAACGGGAAUAACGUUGUAGCAUAUAGUUGGUCACAAAGUGAACAAAGAUGGAUAUUAAUUGGAAAUGUGGUAGGAGCAUCUGGUGGUAGUACUGCUACAUCUGGAAAACAACUUUACAAUGGAAUAGAAUAUGAUUAUGUAUUCUCAGUUGAUAUACAAGAUGGUGUUCCACCUUUAAAACUACCAUAUAACAAUGGUCAAGAUCCUUGGGUUGUUGCACAAAAAUUUCUCCAUGAUAAUGACCUUAGUCAAUUGUUCCUAGAUCAGGUUGCAAAUUUUAUCAUUAAAAAUUCUCAACAAACUCCUAUCUUAAAUGAUAAUGUUCAAUACAUGGAUCCAUUUACUGGAGGAAGCAGAUAUAUUCCUGGAUCUAACAUAACUGAUAGUCCAUCCGAAUCUUCCUCUAAAAGUAAUCAAAGUUAUUCAAGUCUUUCACCUGCAUCUCCUUCUUAUAUACCUCAUAUGAAAUAUUUAAAAUUAGAGCAAGCCAAUGUACUUGCUAUAAUUGAUAAACUAAGUGAAUUAAAUGCGAAACAAGAAUGUACUUCUAAGAUGUCAACAACAAAAUUAGAAAUAAUAAAACACUUGAUAGAAAAUAAGAUACAUGGGAAAGAAACAAUAGCUGAUGCUGUUGAUAUAUUAAAUGAAAUUUUAAAAUGGCCUGAGAAUCUUGUAUUUCCAGCACUCGAUAUAGCACGUCUUGCAGUACUACAUGAAGAUAUAAAUGUACAACUAAGUACACCAGAUUUGUUCAAAAUAAUAGAGAAACAUAUUAAACCUGGUGCAAUAGCUUCAAAUCAAAUGUUAACAUUUAGAUUAUUGGCAAAUUUGUUUCAUCAUGAAAAAGGAGAACAUUUUUGUUUAUCUUACAAAGAUGAUAUAUUAAAAGCUAUAUGCAAUUUAAAUUCUCUUGGAAAUAAACACAAUCAGAUUGCAAUAUCAACUUAUAUGUUGAAUUUGAUAGUAGCAUUUAAUAAAAGUAAUGAUACAUCUGACAAGAUAAACAUAUUAAAUAUAAUGUUUAUACUACUUCCACGUUUUAAUGAACCAGAAGCGAUAUUCAGAGCUCUUGUUGGAUUGGGAACUCUUUUGGCUGCUACAUUGAAUCCAGAUGAACGUAAUGAAUUAAUUAAUACUGUACGUCAAUCAGAAAAAAUACUCGACGUAUUAAAAACCAUGUCUGAAAAUGGACAUGAUAUUAAUAUUCAAAACAAAGUAGCUAACUGUUCUAAACAAAUAAUAGAUUUGAUUAUUUAAACGUUU